GCUCGUCGGCUUUCGUGUUAACUCCCCUAUUCAACGGCCCUUGUAUACACUCUUGUCGCGUGCAACAGUAUAAGGCCAAAAACCAAAACAAAGUGUGCACUGGAUUAUGAGAAUUCAGCCACGCCUCAGCAGUUCUCGUUAGCCACGCAGCAGUGAAGUCUCGUCCCUGCUCGCGAUGAGGGACCCAGGUGACAAGGGUGAAGGCCCAAGCCGACCUCGCACGCCGGUGUUGUCGCAUUCCCACCCUCUCUCAGGAGACCUCACUGAACCAAUCUCGCCGACUGGUAGUGUCCGUAGGUUCCCCGCCCGGGCACCGGAUCAAGAUCUCAGCGGGAGCCCAAGGACAAAGCUCAGAUCUCAGCCUCACUCUUGCGAUGGUCGGGGCUCGUUCGGUGUACCGAACAGCGACCGCAGGCAUGAACUGCCGCUUCAUAUCUCGCCGCUGUCACGAAACAAGGCACCGACCGACGCAGAGAACGCAAGUGGUAUCGCCAGGAGACGCAGAAAAGCCAAUGUCUCAAGAGCUGAUGAUGGCGACAAUACUUCAUUAUAUCCGCCGUCAUUCGCCGAGUCGCAGUUUGCUACAAUUGUCCGUCGGCAGCGCAAAAGACGCAUUUUCUCACCGAUGGAACACUCUCUUGAACAAGGUCGGACGGCAAGCGAACCACCGCCAGAAGUAGAAGGUUGCGGCUUGAAGUUCAGAAGUGAUGAAAACAGGCCGGCUCUGGAGGCAGAAACAUCAAUCGCUGCGAACGGUCUUGACGGUGCUCAACAUCAGGAGCUCAAGAUCGCUCGCAAUGGCUCUGGGCCUGAUGAUAUGGGCCGGAAAGCAUGGGAAUUCGCGGGUUGGGGUAGCAUGAGUCUGCUAGAGUUAUCCCCCAGCAGUUAUCAACUAGCCAGGGAAGCCAUCAAUCGUCGUCCCAAACGCGAUCUGGGGCAAUGGCGUGCAGCAGCCAUUGCGGGCAACGCGAUCACAGGAAGCGUCUUUUAUUCACUCCCAGCAGUCCUUGGCGUUGCUGGUGUCUACGCUCCUAUCUCACUUCUCAUCGCAUGCGCUUUGAUCGGGCCUUUCCGGCCACUCAUGCUGGAGCUGACUUCUGCACUAGGCGCAAAUGACAGCGUCAACUAUUCUUAUUUUUGCAAUAUUUCGCCUCGAUCGCUCGCUUUGAUAGCGGCGGCCAUCACCGCGCUGGAUGCGCUUGCCACAGGUGCCGUCUCUGCAAGUACGGCGGCAUCUUAUCUGAGCGCAGAGACAGCCGGAAAGGUCGGAGACACUGGCUGGACCAUCCUCUUGCUUUUAGCCCUGGCUGUUAUCGCUCUUCUGGGCCUGCGAGACAGUUCCAGCGUAGCGCUAGGGAUGAUGGCGUUUCAUCUCACCACCAUGGGCAUUCUCAUCAUCGCGGGUAUUUCUUUCUGGGCGACAGAAGGCUCAGCCAUCCUCAUCAGCAACUGGUACAACGCAGACUCAUUGCUGAACGGAAGAAGCGUGCUGAAGGCUGUCGUCUUUGGCGUCGCCAUUGGUUUUGUAGGCCUAACGGGGUUCGAAUGCGCGCCGUCGUACGUCACGCGCGUCAAGGAAGGGCAAUUCGGAAAAGCACUUCUCUGGUUGCAAAUCACAGUCUUGGUGACAGAAGCCCCUUUGAUGCUGCUUUGCCUGGUCGCCAUUCCUACUUCAACUUUUACAUCUAAUGGUGAUAAAUCAGCCAACAUUCUGGCUUUGCUUGGCGACGCUGCGGGGAAGGGGUCGCCAUGGCUCAAGGUUCUCGUCGUAAUUGAUGCUGUCGUCGUGUUGUGUGGGGGCAUCAUCACCGGGAUCGUCUCCUUCGGAGGCUUGGUAGAAGCACUUGCAAGAGAUAUGAUACUCCCCGCCUUCAUUCUUCGCCAAGUCCCCAAGACUGGUGCUGCUGGAUUCAGUAUUAGCGCUUAUCUAGUCCUCGCAAUAAUUUUGUGUGCAACAUCAGAAUUCAGCCUGUCGACACUGUCUUCCAUCUUGAGCUUGAGUUUCCUGGUCGUAAUGUCUCUCUUUGCGGUUGCCAUUCUCUUGAUCAAGCACAACCGUCCGACACUGCCGCGAAAGCCAGUCAACGGCCUGCUUCUUACUUUGGCCGCGCUGGGCAUCGGCAUCGUCGCAAUUGCUCUCAACAUUGCGCUCGGCCCCUUUGCUCUUCUGCUGUAUGCCAUUUACGCUGUCGUCUGUCUCGGCGCGCUUUGGCUGAUCAGCAGCAAGGUCAGCAUCGCCAAGCUGCUUUACUGGACCAUCGACCAGAAUCGCACCGAUUGGCUCGCGAAACGCAUGCAUGCUAGCGCCGGCAAGAAUCUCAUCGCCUGGAUCCGAAAUGAGCGCAAACAUCCGGUGGUCUAUUUCACGAAGACGGACGUGAGUAAUUUGGCAAGACUGGAAGGACAAACGAACGACAAGUCGAACCUGAUUACCUGCUUGUGCGUCCGUAGGAGUUGAGCGUCUUGAUCGAUGUGCUCAGCUAUGUUCGCAAUGUGAGUGCGUGCGAUGUGUACCGCAGGUUUACUCGAUCUCUGACAGUCGAUGAGGGCUUCUCCUAGAACGACCACACUUCACGAGUUUUUGUGGUGCACUGCUUCGAGUCCAUUGAGAGCAUA